UUCUUUUGCAUAUUAGAUCUUACCCGGAAGUACGUCCAACGUCAAAGAGUUCUAGAAUGGCUGACAACAGAAAUAUCAGAUACUCUGGACAACCACCAGGAAAUUUUGGCAUGAUGCCAAAUCCUAGGAUGGCCCAGUUUCAGCAGCCAGGGAUACAGAUGAUGCCCAUGAUGCAGUCUGGGAUGAUGAUGCCUCCUGGUAGUCAUAUGAUGCCCCCACAGCAAAUGAUGUUUCCAGUGCAGCAAAUGGGUAUGAGACCACCUGAUGGUCCCGGUGUUCCUCCUCCUGCUUACACACAAAAAAUGGCUGACAACUUCAGACAACGAGCACCUAGUCAUCAAGUAUCAGGCCCACUUCACAGACCUAGCACAAUGUCUGCAGAGCAACUUCGACAACUGGAGGAAAAGCAGCGGAAGGAAAAACAGUUCCUAGCUCAAAAACAGAAGCUACAAGCAUUUGGUCGUCCAAUUCAUGUGGAUACAGAUAAGUUCUCCAAAGGACUUAUGGAGUCCAUGUUUGGUAAAGUGGAAAAACCUAAACCAAAGAAAGAUCUCACUCCAAAAAAAGAAGAUGUUGCAGAGCAAGAAGAUGAUGGUUUUGGGGACUUUAUGGCAGGUCCAUGUACAAAUGUGACGGCUCCUGUAACGGACACAGCUACUGAAGACAAACAGAGUCUGUCACAGGCCGUGCCUGAACCACAAAGUGGUGGGAAUCAAACUAAAGGCCAAAACAAGGAAGAGAAAAAAGAUUUGAUGUCCAUGAUGAUGGAGUGUUCAGACCUGAAAGCACCUAACAAGGCAAAAACAUUCCAUCGUCCAGCAUUAAAGGAGCUACCUGUGACCACCCAGACCCAUCAUCACACCUUCCACCAGAGUCAACAGGCUCGCCAGUGGACCCAGCCUGUUGAAGAGUUGUCUGAGCUCUUCACUGUCGAGCCUGCCACACAGCCAGUCCCCCAGCCAGCAGCCACCCCAGAAUCCCAGCAAGGACUACAAUCUCUGGUUCAGGACACAGCCAAGUUUGAAAUCCCAGGAUGGUGUAAGGAGGAGGACCGGAUUCCCCCUGUGUACAAACAAGUACUAGAGGCUGCCAUUGUGAAUGGACAGAUUUCUACAGAGCGUCUAUACCCUAUCUUGUUGAUGAGUGGGUUGUCCAAGCAAACACUUGGUCAGAUUUGGUUCUUGGCCAAUCGAACAACACCUGGUCAGCUCAUCAAGGAGGAAUUGUACCUCAUGUUGGCCCUUGUCGCCUUCGCCCAGAACAACUUUCAGGCCCUGACAAUGGACAUGCUCAACAAUCUCCCACAGCCUCCCAUUCCAUUCCUAGGACAAAGUCAAGCUCCUUCAGGACCCACAGGUCCUCAAAGUCAUGGCCCUCUAGGUCCUCAAGGUCAUGGCCAUCCAGGUCAACAAGGACAAGGAAUUCAGGGUGAUCCAGGUCAACAGGAACAACAUGUUCUGAUACCCCCCACAGCAGUUCCACAACAUGUGGCUCCUACCUCUGUCCAAGCAGGUACUCCAUUGCAAUCAGCGACCCAGUUACCAGUAACACAGUCUGCUUUUGGUGUGUCUACGGGAACCAUGGAGGUUUUUGCUUCAGGUGGUGAUGAUGAUUUUGCUGAUUUUCAGGCCGCUAAACCUACUCCCCAACCAGUUUUAGAAACAUCUGUACCAGCCGUACCCAAGCAACCAGCCAGGCCUAAAAAGAAACCAGAAAUCGAAUACCUGUAUGAGGUUCCUACUCCUGCUGAGGCUGAGAAGAUGGCUGGACCAAUAACAUCAGAAAUGACCUAUUCUAAUGUACAGAACUUCUUUGGUAGUGAUGAUUCGUCAGUUUCCGCUUCUCCCCAAAGACAACUUCUCACAGGUCCAUCAACACCAAAUAGUCUGGAAGCUGAUUUUGAUGAUUUCAAGUCUGCAGACAGUAAACCAAGUGAUAGUAGCCAGUUUUCUUCGGAGCAGUCAGAAAACGAGGACUUUAAAGUGUUUGAGUCUUACCUGGAGGAUUUUGAGCGGAGAAAACAGAAACAGCAGGAGAGUCCACUACAUCGCCCUGUGUCCAAGUCCUCACUUCCUCUACCCAGCAUGCCCUCCACUGCAGUUCCUACAGCUAUCCCAGCCAUUCGUAACCUGUGGACGAAGCCUCAUGGAGAGGCUACUGUGACGAGUGUUCCCUCCAAGCCGUUACAGAAUUCACAGUUUCACACUCCAGACCUUGUUGUGGCAGACUCUACAGACAAAUCUGACCCACACUUUGGAAACUCUCCCACUAAAUCAUCAGAUUCUGAUUUUGCAGAUUUCCAACAAGCACCUGUCGUAGGAAACUUCAGUAAAUCUGCUAUUUCUAGGAUUACUGCAGAUCAUGAUCAGUUGAAAGCUUCUGGGAGUGAUGUCAGUUUGACUUUGAUCGGGGAGGAAGACAAAUAUGCUGCCUUGAGAACUUUAGACUUUGGUUCAGAAUUAAGUACAGGAAAUGAAACAGUUGUAGCAGAAGGACUUAACCCUCCAGUAGACAAUGCAGAAGACAAUGAAAAUUGGGCAGAUUUCCAAGGUGUUGUUUUAGACGAGGCACCACAACCAGACCCGGUUGUGACUAAUGCUACUGAUUCAGGAAAGGAAAGUAUUCUUAGUCUUUUUAACAGUGCACCACCAAUAAUGUCAACUGUCUGUCCUUCUGAGAUAAGCAAUCAGCCAACAGAUAAUACAAGUACAAGUGUCAAACCAUUGCCAUUAGAAAGUAACACAGAUUCUGAUUGGUCCAGUUUUGGUGAUAAUUCUAAAGUAUGUACAGAUGUUGGUACUGGAUUGUCAGGCUUUACAGCAGGCAUUACAGGAAGUGGUUCUGGACACUUAGAACCUGCCCUAGCAUUUGAACAAAAAGAUACAGAAAGUGAUGACUGGGCAGACUUCCAGGGUCCUGAUCAGGAGGUUAGUAGUGAUAAUAUGGACACCACUCAGAGUGACGAUAAGGUCAUCUCUGUGAAGAAAGAAGGUUUACGUUCAGAAGAAAUUCUUGGCCUAUUUAAGGUUCGAGAACCACAGGAACUACCAACUGACCUUAAAGUUGUUUAUACACAAAAUACAAAGGUUAACUCGGAAUGGAAUCCACAAGUGGCUGAAAAUGCUAACACAUAUCUUGAUGGGGAAUCCACUUUGGAAGCAAAAAAAGUAUUUUCUACCAAGGCGAAACGUCUUCCAUCACUUGGUCCUGAUGAUGAUGAGGAUUCCUUCAGAGUACCACCUCCUAUGGAUGAUGACCAUGGUGAUGAAGAUUUCGGUGAGUUUAGUCGUGGAUACGAGGACAUGGAUGACUAUCAUCAGCCUCAGAAUAUACUGGAUGAUGGCAGGAGAAAAUACCCAAUACCUGGUAUGGGUAUUGUGUCUAAACCUGUGGUCAAGGAGUCAAAAAAAUCAACAACUGCCCAGGCCAGGUACGCAGACAUAAUGGCACUUGACCAGACUGAUGUGGAUCAAGGUCUGUCCAAGGACCCACUGGAAAUGAGUCAGGACCGACUGUCAAUUACAAAAAGUGAGGACUCUCAGUCAGUGUCUAGUCUGGAGCUUCCAUUCUCUAAAAGUCGGCUACAAAAUGUCCUCGACCAGGACACACAAUCUAUAUCUAGUAACGAGUAUGGAAACUUUGAAACCAUUUCACCGAGGAAACCUGAAACUCCAGUCAAUGUGGAGUCUAAGUCUGUGGACAGUUUGGAUCUCAUCAAAGAUGAAGGUAAUGGUGAUAGUAGUGAGGACCAGGGUUCAGGUGAUCAGUCUCGGGAACAGAGUCCAGAGAAGGUGACCGAGCUGACCACCACAGACAGCACUGGUAUAGAGAGCUCUGUCAGUAUGAGUGACACUUACCGAGCUUCCAUGCCUUUACCAGUCCUUGGUGACAGAUACAGUAACAUUCUACAAGACAUUCCAGGGAGUGACAAACACUCAUAUGAGUGGCAACGUUGCCUUGACAAUAGUUAUCGUAUGAUCAAGGAUGCAAACAACAUCUUUAACUCCAUCAGCAGUUCAGUAGUGUGUAAUGAAGUUCUGAAAUCCGAGCAGGGAUCGGAGUACGUGCAGGGAGUUGUGGAGAUCUUCAGAGUAGUCUGUCGUAUUACCACAGCGAUGAAAGCACAAGGUCUUGCCACAGAUAAACUUACUCAGCUACUGAAGGAUAUAGACCUGUCCUGGAACAAUCUGACCGCAUUCCUGGUCGGGGGUAACCUCAUGCCGGAUGACAACUCUCUCCGUUUCAACAAUGCUAUUCUGAAAUCAGAUGACUCGCUCUCUCAGAGGAAGGCCUGUGGAGUGUGUCUGCUGAAUGUUGAUGUGCCGAGUAAAAACUUCAGCCGUGAGGAGGAUUGUCCCAAACUGACAUACGGGGGACGUCAGUAUCAUGCUGCCUGUGCAAACUUUUGGGUGAAUUGUGUGGACUCCACUUUACCAGCACUCAAAUUACCGGAAUUAUUGUGAAUGGAACCUCGAUAGAAUUAAGAUGAACAAUGAGGUGCAGAUUUUGUAUUAUUUUUUUUUUUUUAUAUAUAAUCCAUAUGUUAUAUUAAGUUAUGUGUUGAGAAUUAAUGUUAUGUUUUUCCCUGUACAGACAUAGCUGUCCCUUAAAAUCAUUAAUUGACUCUUUCAAAUACAUGCUUGCAUAUUCAUCCUGAUAUAAUUUACUGAAUGUAAAUGAUCUGAAUUAACUAUCUCCCUUUCUAGCGACCGUAACACCUAAAAUCUAAAGGAGAAAUCUGUUACAUGUGCUUGUUUCUCAGAUAUCGUAAGGUUCAGGCAGAAAUGAUUUGAUGUUUAUUUGUAUUUAUCGUAACAUCAUGCUAGAUUUGAAAUCACUUUGAACAGGGAUAUAUGGUUGUGAUUUGAUUGGAUAAUCUGUUUCUCUAUAUACUGUAAAGAAUAAAGUCUACACCUUAGCAUUUAGCUCUUGAUUCAUACUAAUAUUGAUGAAGUACUUCUCCACUAUCCAGAUUUUCAAACCUUCUUAAAGAUAGAGUGAAACAUAUGGAGAUUAUUUAGUGGAUUAUGUAAAAGAUUUUAAAGCCUGGCUGUGAGAAUGUCCUAAGGUAUAAUUGUAAGGUUCAUUUUGUAUUGAUCUUUACAUCAUGCGAUACAUUUGUACAAAUAUGUCCCAUAUCUCUUAAUCAUAAUCAGAUUUGUUCUUUAAUUCAAAUUUUAAAAUUUCUUUUACAAAAUAUCUGAUAAGUUGUAAUUAUUGUUUAAUAUGUAAUUCAGACUAUAAAUUAAUUUUGAAUCCCUAUACUUGUAGUCAGAUAUGCAUCUGAAUAUUUUUAAACAUGAACUAAGUGAAAUAUUUGCUUUGCUUAGGACAGAAGCAAUAGAGCCUGAAGCUUUUUUGUGAUCUCCCUGUGUUUACUUGAACAUUAAUCUUAUUAAUCUUCGUUUUGUUUGUAUUGUUCUCUCUACUAAUCUUGUCGUACAAUAUGUGUUUUACCUGUCCAGAACACAGGGACUUGGCAUUGAUUACUAAUCCCACAUACCUGUAUCAUCUUGAUACUUGUAAUAUGUAUAUAAUACAGCUCAUGAAGUUGGGAAAGGUGACAAGCCCCUGUGGUUCUGAGGAACUAUCUACCAGUGUUAAAGGUCAGUGCAAUAUUUUGGUGGUGUACCUGUAAUUUAUUGUUGACGAUGGAGAGAUUGUUAAGUGUAAACAUUCCCUUGUUUCGGUACUGUUUACAAAACUAUGUAUACACACACCACAGAGCUAUUUAAGAAUAAAAUUGUUAAAUAUGUCA